UUGUCUAUUUCUGCAAAAUAUGAAGUCCUUUGCAGAAGUGAUUCCAGACCUUCCAAGUUGCAGUGAACUUUCAGAAUCAACGGAAAUCACAAGCAAAAGCAGUCUGGAAGUUUCAGUUCAUUCCACAGUGCCAGAGGUGGCCCAGACUGAAGCCCAAUGGUUUCACGAGGCAAAGAGUCUGAAUGAGCAACUGAGGGCAGCUUACGUCAAAGCCAGUUUCCGCCACAUGUCUUUCCUUGACAUCUCUCACAGAGAACUCACCGACCACUUGCUGCAGUGUGAUCUGUCCAUUGCUUCGAAGCACAUCAGCAGCUCUGAGCAGGAGCCCCUGCUGUUGCCUGAGGUCUUUGCCAACUUGAACUCUGUCAUGUGUGUGGAGGGGGAAGCUGGUAGUGGAAAAACAGUCUUCCUGAAGAAAAUAGCUUUUCUCUGGGCAUCAGGAUGCUGUCCUCUGUUGAGCAGGUUCCAGCUGGUCUUCUACCUCUCCCUGAGUUCUACCAGACUGAACCAGGGACUGGCCAACAUCGUCUGUGACCAACUCCUAAAGACAGAAGGAUCUGUUACUGAAUUGUCUCUGAUGAACACCAUCCAGCAGCUAAAGAAUCAGGUGUUAUUCCUUUUGGAUGACUACAGUGAAAUGUGUGCAAUCCCCCAAGUCAUACAAAAACUGAUUCUAAAAAACCACUCAUCACGGACCUGCUUAUUGAUCGCUGUCCGUACAAACAGGGCCAGAGACAUCCGCCGACACCUAGAUACAAUUCUAGAGAUUAAAGCGUUUCCCUUCUAUAAUACUAUAUAUUUAUUACGGACGCUCUUCUCGGAUAACAUAAUUGGUCUGGUAGAGUUUAUGGUUUUCUUUGGAAGGAACAAAGAUUUGCAGGGAAUUUAUAAGACUCCCCUCUUCGUGGCGGCAGUUUGUGCUUACUGGUUGCAGAACCCUUCUGGCCUGUCCUUUGAUGAAAUGGCUGUUUUCAAGUCCUACGUGAAAUGCCUUUCCUUAAUGCAUAGAAGCACAGCCGUGUCCUUCUGUGGUGAGCUGGCCUUGAAAGGGUAUUUUUCGUCUCGCUUUGAGUUUAGUGACAGUGACCUCUCAGAAGCAGGGGUGGAUGAAGAUGAAGAUCUAGUCAUGUGCUUGAUGAGCAAAUUCACAGCCCAGAGGCUGAGGCCAGUCUAUCGGUUUUUAAACCCCACAUUCCAAGAAUUUCUUGCUGGAAUGAGGCUGAUUGAACUCCUGGAUUCAGACACACAGGAAGAUCAAGAUUUGGGACUUUAUUAUUUGAAAAAAAUUAACUCAUCCUUUAUGGUCAUAGGCCUUUAUGACAGGUUUUUGAAAUGUGCCUUCAUCCACCCUUCAACAAAGGCGGGGCCAAAAGUUGUAUCUCAUUUGCUGCAGUUGGUGGAUAAUAAAGAGACAUUGGAAAAUAUACCUGAAAAUGACUACAUGAAGCAACAUCUGGAAACGUCACUGACAAUGCACUUAUUUGAAGCAUUGUGGCAAUUUUCUCCAAAAGCUUAUUUUUCCCUGGCCUCAAAAAAGAUACUGGCUCUUGCUCUAAAAAUUGCUUAUCAAAGCAACACAGUUGCAGCAUGUUCUCCGUUUAUUUCCCAGUUCCUGCAAGGGAGGACAUUGUCUAUCAAUGAACUUAAGGCACAGUACUUUUUUGAUUACCCUGAAAGCCUGUUGUUGUUGAGGAGUGUUCACAUCUCCAUAAAUGAACCUAAAAAGACACCUGAACUGUUUUUUUCAGGCCUGGAAAGAUGUUUUGACAGAUCACAGGUCCCAACCACUGAUGAAGACUAUGCCGCUAACUUUGAACGGAUGGAUGAAUUUGACCAAAAUUUAGCUGAAAAACAGGAGAACAUAAAGCGGUUCCUGAACAGCCAACUCAGGGUACCGUUACUGGUGGGCCUCAGUUCCGGCUAUUGGAAACUGUCCCCCAAGCCCUGCAAGAUCCCCCUGCUAGAAGUCCAGGUGGCCAAUGUGGGCUCUGCCGACCAGGACAUGCUCACAUUUCUAAAAGCCGUUUUCCCAGUUUCCCAGCGCAUCAACCUCCAUUUAACCCACAGCGGGGGCUUUCUCGAAAGCAUCCACCCAGUUCUGGAGCUGAAUAAGGCCUCUGUCACCAAGUGCUCCAUAAGUCACUUUGAGCUCAGCACAGCAGAGCAAGAGCUGCUUCUCACCCUGCCUGCCUUGGAGUCUCUUGAGGUCUCAGGGACCACUCAGUUACAAG